AUACUGCCUAUCACCACACUGCCUGUCACCACACUGCCUGUCACCACACUGCCUAUCACCAUACUGCCUAUCACCAUACUGCCUGUAACCACACUGCCUGGCACCAUACUGCAUAUCACCAUACUGCCUACUACCAUACUGCCUAUCACCAUACUGCAUAUCACCAUACUGCCUAUAACUAUACUGCCUGGCACCAUACUGCCUAUCACUGUGUCUUCAGUUAGCAACACAAAUCACAUUAAAAAAGGAGACAGAGCACCCCUUCUCUCUCACUGUGACAAUCAUUCGACCACAACUGCAAAGCUGAGUCUACUGAACUGGGAAAAUUCAGUUAGUUUGCCCCCUAUGAGUUUAAAGAGGGAAAUGUAGCUAGUUUUGGGAAAUUUAGCCAUUGUCUUAGUAACCGUCAAAAAGAAGAGAGGCUUCCAACUCCUUGAUAUUAUCUACUAAGGCUCUAUUCACACGGGACUAGUAUUACUACAGAAAGUCAGUUAUGUAAUUAUUACCUCAGCAUGUCCGUUUUUCCAGUGGACAAUUCGGACCGGAUUAGUUUUACUAAACUGCCCCUGUAAUUAUAUUUUUUGUCCCUCAUACGUUAUGACGGGAGCCUGGAAGCUCCUCUAGUCGUGAAGACAUUUCACAUGUCUAGGGAUAGUCUAACGUUGACCCAAUGGUCUUCAGUUCAGAGAAAGACAUAAUGAAUAUCAAUAAGAACCAUGAACGGCAACCUAUGCAGACAUUUAAUUACCUGACGGAUUUGGCAAUUUAUCAAUUAAUUGGCACAAAAUUGUCCACUUCAUCUAUUAGAAGAGAAGUACGGCACUAGGAAAGUUGAUAUGUGACAUAAAAUAUCAUUCAUCUGCAGUCUGCAUGCAUUGCACUUUGUUUAAAGAAUUCAUUUCUUCCCAUGUUCUGACCCAAACUGGUUAUGUUCUUACCCCAUGUUCUGACCCAAACUGGGUAUGUUCUUACCCCAUGUUCUUACCCAAACUGGGUAUGUUCUUACCCCAUGUUCUUACCCAAACUGGGUAUGUUCUUACCCCAUGUUCUGACCCAAACUGGGUAUGUUCUUACCCCAUGUUCUUACCCAAACUGGGUAUGUUCUUACCCCAUGUUCUUACCCAAACUGGGUAUGUUCUUACCCCAUGUUCUUACCCAAACUGGGUAUGUUCUUACCCCAUGUUCUUACCCAAACUGGGUAUGUUCUGACCCCAUGUUCUGACCCAAACUGGGUAUGUUCUGACCCCAUGUUCUGACCCAAACUGGGUAUGUUCUUACCCCAUGUUCUGACCCAAACUGGGUGCAGCACCUGUUAAACUCUGUAAUAUCCCUCAAAACACAGGGAUGAUGAUUCCCACGGGAUAAGUAUUAUCAGAGGACCUUGGAGUUUGACGAAAUACCGUAGGUUCUUAGGGCCGGGAUAUUAACCUUCCUUCGAAGUAAAAAUGACUGACAUGGCAGAUUCGGACGAGACUAAAAUUACGGAUGUAGGGAUUUGUGCUCGCGCAGAUACUGUAAUUAUAUUACCUAAGCUCCCCCAGUCAAAUGUAUCUCGUCCGAGUAGGGCGUAAGACACGUGAAACACAGGGGUGUAGAUGCAGAAACCUGGGCUGCGUCCCAAAUGGCACCCUAUUCCCAAUAUAGUGCACGACAGGUCUCUGGACUAAAGUAGUGCACUACAUAGGAACUAGGGUGCCAUUUUGGACGUAUCCCUCCUAUCCUUCACUCUGAGUUUGGAAGUAGUAUCUGAGCUUUAUCGUCUCUGAGAAUGAUACAAACUUCAAAUUAACCAAAAUAAGACAAACCUGAAAUUAACCAAAAUAAGACAAACAUUUUUCAGAGGGGAGGCUGUAGUGGAAAGUUUAAUUUCCCUUUAAGAAACAGAGUUGGUGCCUGGCCGGGCAUGGCAAUGAGAGUUAGUGUUGAGCCCUGCUAUAGGUCUUAAUUGCCUAGCAACAUGGGACAAGUAAGUCCUCCAAAUGAGGGGAUAAAUAGAGAAAGCGAGAGUGAAUUUCUUUCCCUCCCAACCAAGGACAGAGGGAAAUGUAAUUGUGCCUAAUUUGGAUGAUUAGGGUGUUUUCAGACAGAAGGGAUAAUGAGUGGCACUUUAUUUUAUUAAAUCCUCCUCUAAACGACUGGAAUAGGAGAACAGGGCACUUCGGCCAUGAGGCCUUCGUCAGUCGUCUGAGUAUAAACGAAGCCUUGACAAAAAACUGAACAGAGCCAAUUAAAGUCCUAGAGGGCUGAUACAAAGGAAGGUGAGGCAGUCAGCAGAAGAGCCAUUCUGGCCACCAGGAGAAAGAGGAUUCGGAGGGAGGGGAGCCCAUCGGCAGAAGAGCCAUUCUGUCCGGGAUGGAGGCGAUCUAAGGUGUGCUGGGGAACAGGGAAUAGGUCCUAUAUGAUGGCCCCCUGGGGCCCUGACUUGGACCGGCAGUUUAGCACGACACAGGGUUGGGGAGAGAGAGCGAGGGAGAGAUGGUUAGAGAGAGAAAAAGAGAGAGAGAAAGAGAGGCAGAGAGAGAGAGAGAGAGAGAGAGAGAGAGAGAGAGAAAAAUACUAUACCUACCUCUGCCUAAACAUCAGCACCACAGGUAACUUCCACAAAGUUGUGAACAAUCUGAGAGACAAGGCAAUAAGUGCCUUCUAUGCCAUCAAAAAUACAUCAAAUUCGACACACCAAAGUCAGUUAUAGAACCCAUUGCACUUUAUGGUUGUGAGUUCUGGUCACUCACCAACCGAUAAUUCACAAUAUGGGACAAACACCAAAUUGAAACUCUGCAGGCAGAAUUCUGCAAAAAUAUCCUCUGUGUACAAUGUAAAACACCAAAUAAUGCAUGCAGAGCAGAAUUAGGCCGAUACCCACUAAUUAUCAAGAUCCAGAAAAGAUCUGUUAAAUUCUACAACCAGCUAAAAUGAAGGGAAUCCAAAACCUUAGAUAACAAAGCCACACCUACAGAGAGAUGAACCUGGAGAAGACUCCCCUAAGCAAGCUUGUCCUAGGGCUCUGUUCACAAACACAAACAGAUCCCACAGAGCCCCAGGACAGCAACACAAUUAGACCCAACCAAAUCAUGAGAAAACAAAAAUAUAAUGACUUGACAGAUUGGAAAGAAUUAACAAAAAAACAGAGCAAACUAGAAUGCUAUUUGGCCCUAAACAGAGAGUACACAGUGGCAGAAAACCUGACCACUGGAAAGGUUUGACUAUGUACAGACUCCGUGAGCAUAGCCUUGCUAUUGAGAAAGGCCGCCGUAGGCAGACCUGGCUCUCAAGAGAAGACAGGCUAUGUGCACACUGCCCACAAAAUGAGAUGGAAACUGAGCUGCCCUUCCUAACCUCCUGCCAAAUGUAUGACCAUAUUAGAGAGACAUAUUUCCCUCAGAUUACACGGAUCCACAAAGAAUUAGAAAACAAACCUAAUUUUGAUAAACUUCCAUAUAUAUUGGGUGAAAUUCCACAGUGUGUCAUCACAGCAGCAAGAUUUGUGACCUGUUGCCACAAGAAAAGGACAACCAGUGAAGAACAAACACCACUGCUGAUUGGACAUAUGGAGAUGGACGGAGACAACAGGGCUGAUUGAACAUAUGGAGAUGGAUGGAGACAACAGGGCUGAUUGAACAUAUGGAGAUGGACAGAGACAACAGGGCUGAUUGAACAUAUGGAGAUGGACAGAGACAACAGGGCUGAUUGAACAUAUGGAGAUGGACAGAGACAACAGGGCUGAUUAAACAUAUGGAGAUGGAUGGAGACAACAGGGCUGAUUGAACAUAUGGAGAUGGACAGAGACAACAGGGCUGAUUGAACAUAUGGAGAUGGACAGAGACAACAGGGCUGAUUGAACAUAUGGAGAUGGACGGAGACAACAGGGCUGAUUGAACAUAUGGAGAUGGAUGGAGACAACAGGGCUGAUUGAACAUAUGGAGAUGGACAGAGACAACAGGGCUGAUUGAACAUAUGGAGAUGGAUAGAGACAACAGGGAUGAUAGAACAUAUGGAGAUGGACAGAGACAACAGGGCUGAUUGGACAUAUGGAGAUGGAUGGAGACAACAGGGCUGAUCAUCACUAAACUAAGGACCCUGGGACUAAACACCUCCCUCUGCAACUGGAUCCUGGACUUCCUGACAAUUCAACCUAGCAGUGAACCAGUCUCCAGAAGUAUUACCCUGCUAACUGUGACAAUUCAACCUAGCAGUGAACCAGUCUCCAGUAUUAUUACCCUGCUAACUGUGACAAUUCAACCUAGCAGUGAACCAGUCUCCAGUAUUAUUACCCUGCUAACUGUGACAAUUCAACCUAGCAGUGAACCAGUCUCCAGUAUUAUUACCCUGCUAACUGUGACAAUUCAACCUAGCAGUGAACCAGUCUCCAGAUUUAUUACCCUGCUAACUGUGACAAUUCAACCUAGCAGUGAACCAGUCUCCAGUAGUAUUACCCUGCUAACUGUGACAAUUCAACCUAGCAGUGAACCAGUCUCCAGUAGUAUUACCCUGCUAACUGUGACAAUUCAACCGAGCAGUGAACCAGUCUCCAGUAUUAUUACCCUGCUAACUGUGACAAUUCAACCUAGCAGUGAACCAGUCUCCAGUAGUAUUACCCUGCUAACUGUGACAAUUCAACCGAGCAGUGAACCAGUCUCCAGUAGUAUUACCCUGCUAACUGUGACAAUUCAACCUAGCAGUGAACCAGUCUCCAGAAGUACUACCCUGCUAACUGUGACAAUUCAACCGAGCAGUGAACCAGUCUCCAGUAGUAUUACCCUGCUAACUGUGACAAUUCAACCUAGCAGUGAACCAGUCUCCAGUAGUAUUACCCUGCUAACUGUGACAAUUCAACCUAGCAGUGAACCAGUCUCCAGUAGUAUUACCCUGCUAACUGUGACAAUUCAACCUAGCAGUGAACCAGUCUCCAGUAGUAUUACCCUGCUAACUGUGACAAUUCAACCUAGCAGUGAACCAGUCUCCAGUAGUACUACCCUGCUAACUGUGACAAUUCAACCUAGCAGUGAACCAGUCUCCAGUAGUAUUACCCUGCUAACUGUGACAAUUCAACCUAGCAGUGAACCAGUCUCCAGUAGUAUUACCCUGCUAACUGUGACAAUUCAACCUAGCAGUGAACCAGUCUCCAGUAGUACUACCCUGCUAACUGUGACAAUUCAACCGAGCAGUGAACCAGUCUCCAGUAGUAUUACCCUGCUAACUGUGACAAUUCAACCUAGCAGUGAACCAGUCUCCAGUAGUACUACCCUGCUAACUGUGACAAUUCAACCUAGCAGUGAACCAGUCUCCAGUAGUAUUACCCUGCUGUGACAAUUCAACCGAGCAGUGAACCAGUCUCCAGUAGUAUUACCCUGCUAACUGUGACAAUUCAACCUAGCAGUGAACCAGUCUCCAGUAGUAUUACCCUGCUAACUGUGACA